UAGCACGUGUUUGUUUCGAAGACUGGAAGUUAUUUUACUGCAAAGUGCUUGCCUGUGAAUCACGAUAUUUAUCAAUGUUUUAAAAUAUUUGGUGAAUUAUUUGUUUUUCGAAAACGACCUAAGGUUCAGCCCGACAAUUCUCUAUUGAGAAAUGGCGGCGUUUAAGCCUCACUAUACUUUAUGUCCGCUGCUUGGUGCCCACAAUUUGGUUGGAGUUAGUGCCGAUAAAGAAGAAAGCACGGUUCUUGUUACUCUUGGACCUAAUAUCGUUGUCAAACAUAAGCUUUCAGAUCAGAAACCUCUUAAAAGUUGGAGUACACGACAGUCGAACCAAAUAACAUGCAAGAGUGUCUACAGUGGCACAAAUGAUAAAUAUGUUUGUGUCCUUAAUAGAAAGCAUAUUUGCAUGUGGAGUGAAGAAGAAUCAAACCUCGAAGAUGUCAAGAAACAUACAUUUUCAACAAAUAUUCACACUAUCCAUUCACCCCCUGGAAAGUCAUCAAUCAUUGUGUAUGAGAAUGGUUACAGUGAGUGUCUAGAAAUAGGUUUAACCAAACGGAAGGAUGUCAAACCUAGUUUAUUGGAUCAGAAUGAAACUGUUGCCAAGUCAUACCUUGAAGUUGUUAAAAAUCAAUCAAUCCUUGUGUUGUGUACAUCUGGAAACAAGAUCUACUAUGUUCGUCUAGCAAGUGAUGGAACACCAGAUGGGAACCUAAAUUUUUCAUUGACCAAAGGAACUGACUGCAAAAAUCUAGGAAUGGUUGUGGUUAAUGAUGAUACAAACAUUGUCACCAUUCUUGUAUUGUGGUCUGAUGGAGAAUUGGUUCGAUACUCUGAACAAGGCGGUAUUAUGUCUACUUACAGCUUAAGUGGGAUAUGCCUUUCAAGUCCUGUGGCAAUGGUCAAGUUGGAUGCCACUCACAUUGCUAUAUAUGGAGCUGACGUUAGUGAAGAAGGGGCGACACUGUUGCUGUUUGACUUGAAAUUUGGUAUGAGUGUAGCGAACAGAAAAUUAAAGUUCUUCUGUGACCCACCGCACAUGUACUGCCUCGAGUCCAACAACGUUUUGCUGCUCUGCAUUGUACAGAAUUUGGUCGUAGUACCCUACGUUCUUCAACCUUCUUUGCUGUGCAACUUGAUAGAUAGCAAACACAUAAGAGAUACAAAUGCAAAGCCUGACGUUGUCGGCUGGGGCGAAGCUGUUCCGACAUCACCGAACCCUAAUCCAUUAAAAUUUCGUCAAGUUGAGACAACUAGACUGUCAAACACUCUGUGGGAAUCGAAUGCUAGUAGCAGCCGCAUUUUCGACGAAUUACUUCCACUUUUGAAAGAAGACAAGGAUAUAAACGGGAUCUGUCUUCUCUUGUCCUCUGUGAAAGAUCUACCGGAAAAAUGGCUGGCAGAUCUUCUGAAUUUUUCGCUAGAAAUCAAUCUUAUCGAAGGAGACAAACUAUCAAAAAUGUUGGAGAUUCUUCUGUCUCUUUCGCAUUCUGAUGUUGUCCUUCUUAAUCAUCUAAGAAGGAAAAUGACCACACAGUCAACAAUCAAACUUUUGCAAUACUUGGCCGAGCUUCUCAAAACUUGCAAAUGGGCGAAAGAUGAAACUUCUGAGGCCAGUAAACCAGACUUCAGUCAAGUCGUGGAUUGGAUUUCAUUAAUUCUAGAUGCUCAUCAUCACGAGCUGCUCAUCGCGGGAAGUGACGAUCAAGUCAAACAAUUAAUCAAACAAUUGGGUCAACUUGUUGGCGAAAGUUACGAUGUCCUGGAUUCCUUGGGACAAUCUGAGCCCCUUGUGACUUUACUGGAACAGAAGAGAAGGCCUCCAGAGAACCGACGCAAAGAUUGGUACGCGAUUGAGGUUGUAAGGCUGUUGUAGUGAAGGUUGGUAACGUGAAACCAAUCUUUCUUAAUACACAGCUAUUCAUUUCAA